AUGUUGCCAGAAGCAGGUAUGCCGUGUAUUCCGGUGUUCGAGGAUAACCAGGCGGCUAUUCAGUUGGCGCAGGUCCCGAUUAGCAACAGUAACUCGAAGCACAUCGACGUAAGGCACCACAUUAUCAGGGAACUGGCAGGCAGGAAAGAGAUUUCGAUUUUUCACGUGGAAUCAGCGAUUCAACAUGCCGACUUCCUCACGAAGGCACUUCACGUCGGAGAGUUUGAGUUUCAACGUUAUUUCGUGUUGAGUCUGGGACAGGAACGGUAGAUUUGGAUUUAUUUGUGUGUGAUCAAACAACUAGGGGAGGAGCAUUGUUUUUCAUUUUUGCCGAUGGUCUUCUCAAUGAAUGGUGCUCUAGGAUGGGGGGCAAUUGGAUCGCUAUGAUUAUCGAAGAACUACAACUGGAAUGAUCGGGGAUGGAAAAAUAUUUCAAGCGCAGAAGGCUAAUGUUGCAGAUUUGAGUUGUGUUUUGGAUUAUUUUCUUGUGUUUUGGAGUUACUGAAAGAUCAUGA